AUGGUUUCAUUUAACAAAUACUUACUCUUGCCUCUCAUCAUAUCACAAGCUUUAGCCACUUCAAUCUUUGCUGCUGAAGAACAAUCACCGCUAAAGUCAAACACUUUACCAGGUGAGAAACCAAUCCCAGGUGGUUCUCCAGUUUCAACUUGUGAUGUUUUGGAAAAACAAUUAUUAACCAUUGAUUUGGUUGAGCUCUCUCCAGAGCAACCUCAACGUGGUGCUAACUUAACUGUCAAUGCUAUUGGUCACUUGAGUGCAGAUGUUGCUGAAGGUGCUUACGUUGAUGUUGAUGUCAGAUAUGGUUAUAUCAAACUAAUCUCACAAACAUAUGAUUUAUGUUCAGAAGUUGGUGAAGUUGAUUUAGAAUGUCCAUUAUCAAAAGGCGAAUACAAAUUAACCAAAACUGUUGAAAUUCCAAAUGAAGUUCCACCAGGUAGAUAUGUUGUCUAUGCAAGAGCAUACACCAAAGAUGAUGAGUUUAUUGCUUGUAUCACAGCUACUGUUGUAUUCACAGUUGAUUCAUUGUGGAAAAUCAUAGGUUAA